UAGAUAGAGAACCCCGAGUGGCAACGGAGUCCCGUCAGCUGCACCGUCCACCUGACAGGCCUUCGCGUAGCAACAAAAACAUUGUUUUGAUUAGCAGGGACCGGUGGCUAUUUUAUAUAAAAGAAAUGCUAUCGUUUCUACUUCCUCGAUCUGCUCAAUCUUUAAGGGUUGUUAGCCAGCCUGCAGCUUCAGGCUGGGCCAUCCCAGAGUACAGCCGAAGAUUUGCUUCUCACGAGGCAGAUCUUGUGGUCAUCGGGUCAGGGCCAGGUGGAUAUGUGGCUGCUAUCAAAGCUGCUCAACUGGGCAUGAAAACAGUAUGCAUAGAGAAGAAUGCCACAUAUGGCGGCACCUGCCUCAAUGUGGGCUGCAUUCCUUCUAAAGCUCUCCUGAACAACUCACACUACUAUCAUAUGGCCAAAAAGGAUUUUGAAAACAGAGGCAUUGAGGUUGAUAAUGUUCGACUCAACCUUGGGAAACUAAUGCAGUCCAAAGAGAAAGCUGUUACCGCUCUAACUGGGGGUAUAGCUAUGCUUUUUAAAAACAAUAAAGUCACUGGCCUGAAAGGUCAUGGUAAGAUAACGGGAGCAAAUGAAGUGAGUGUCCUGGGGCCAGAUGGCAGCACUACUGAGACGGUCAGCACCAAGAAUAUCCUCAUUGCCACGGGAUCUGAAGUCACGCCUUUCCCUGGAAUUGAAGUGGAUGAAGAAGUAAUCGUGUCAUCUACUGGAGCAUUAAAACUUGCCAAGGUUCCUGAGAAGAUGGUUCUUAUUGGAGCCGGUGUCAUUGGACUGGAGUUGGGCUCAGUUUGGUCUCGCCUCGGGUCAGAAGUGACUGCAGUCGAGUUCUUGACGAGCAUUGGAGGUGUUGGCAUUGAUGGCGAGAUGACCAAGACGUUCCAGCGCAUCUUGACCAAGCAAGGUUUGAAGUUCAAACUUGGCACCAAAGUCACCAGCGCUGUCAGGAAUGGCGACACCGUCACUGUUUCUGUGGAGACUGUCAAGGAUGGCAAGAAGGAAGAGCUACAAUGCGACGCGCUGCUGGUGUGCGUGGGGCGCCGCCCCUACACGACCAACCUCGGGCUGGAGGAGCUCGGCAUCGAGCGGGACGACAAGGGGCGCAUCCCUGUCAACUCCCGCUUCCAGUCCGUCGUCCCGAGUAUUUACGCGAUUGGUGACUGCAUCCACGGUCCGAUGCUGGCGCACAAGGCCGAGGAUGAAGGCAUCAUCUGCGUGGAGGGCAUCGCUGGCGGUGCCGUACACAUCGACUACAACUGCGUGCCGUCCGUCGUCUACACGCAUCCUGAAGUGGCCUGGGUCGGCAAGAAUGAGGAAGAUCUCAAGGCUGAGGGCGUGGAAUAUAAGGUAGGCAAGUUCCCGUUCGCUGCCAACUCUCGCGCCAAGACCAACGACGACACCGAUGGUCUGGUGAAGGUCUUGGCAGACAAACACACUGACCGACUCUUGGGAGCCCAUAUCAUCGGUCCUGGUGCGGGCGAGCUGAUCAAUGAGGCGGCCCUUGCCAUGGAGUACGGCGCCUCGUGUGAGGAUAUCGCUCGUGUCUGCCACGCUCACCCCACCUGCUCCGAGGCCUUCAGAGAGGCCAACCUAGCGGCCUUCUCUGGCAAGGCCAUCAACUUCUCCUAAAGACCUUCGACGUAAUCUGAGAGACAUCAACUUCUCCUGGGAGACAUCACAUUUUCCUGCGGGCAUUCAAUUCUCCUCAUGGCGAUAAAUUAUUCCUGAUGGCCUCAAUAUUUCCUCAGGACCAUCUACUUCUUCAUGAGGGCCUUCAAAGUUUCAUGCCAAUCAACAACUUCUGGGUGCCGCAAGUUUCCAGUCCUGACUUCCAUGCCACAAAAUUGUACUCAAAAAACCACGGGACUCGGCGCGAUCAUUAAUCCGCAUCUUCAGAGCUGACGGCAAGAAAUUGGUAUUUUGGAGAACCCUUACGAAUUUGGCAAUCUUUCGUUCGUGAUACCAAAACUCUGGCAUGUCUUUCGAUUUCUCUAUUGGCACUAAAUUCCCUGUUUGACUAUGACCAUCUAUUAAUAAGACAGCCUCAAAAUCUAUGUGAUCAGUUUAUCGCUAGAAGUUGAAACGCCCAUAUUCUGAGGGAAUAUUGUGAGAAAAUGUAGUUUCAUCUUUCUUCUUAUUGGAUCAAGAUACAAACACACCUCACCGAACUCAUAGCUAUUCAUGGGUUCAAAUUCACCUGGUUUUAUCUCUGUUCAGCUAUGAAUUAAGAAGUGUGCGGUUCCUGAAGCAGUUUGCAGGGUAUAAGUGAUAUUAAGUCACUAUUGAUGUUCCCUGUAGGAGAUUUGGAAGUGAAUUCGGCGUGUAAAUAUUACAGUUUUUACUCUUAUUAGAGCUAGGCGGAUUACAUUGUAUUUAUUACUUAUAUUAAAAUUUUGGUAUGUUCUCGUAAUGCCAAUGAAAGAGAAAUUGUUUCAUGUAGUUUCUCAAAUAUAUCCAUUCUGAUUUUCUAGGACAAUUCUUGUUUUUUUU